CCUGUUGGAUAUUUCGACGUAAUCUGCAAGUCUCGUUAGUAAUGUUCAUUUUCUUAUCUUGCUGCGCACACGUACUAUAACAUGCUUACUACUUACAUCAUCGCUAACGCGGACUCGUAUAUAGUCCUCGCACCCGCGUUGUUCCACCUCAGUCUAUUCCCAUAAGACUGAGGUGAGAUCCCUUCGUUCGUCGUCGUACUUAACACUCACUAACACUUACCGUAGCCUCUCGUUUGCCUUUGCAGGUCUCCGUCUCUCGUUACUCGUAUCAGGUUAUGAGCUCCGUCGUCCCUUCCAAUCAAACCAUGUCGACUUCAGGCAUCUAUGCCGUCCCGAAACUCACUGAGAAGAACUGGGUUGAAUUCAAGAUGAAAACCGUCAUGUCAUUGACAGCGCGCGGCUUGAACCGUCACCUCGAUGGUACCGUCAAAGCCCCUCAGCCACUUCCUAGAACGCCUGAUGGCAAAAAGAUCCUGCUUCACGACAAAUCAGCAGAGGCCACCGAAACCGACAUCGAAAUGAACCUAACCCUUCUCGACGCGCACGCGCAGAAGGAAGCUCUUGCUAUACAGCAACUCUAUGCAACUGUUCCGAAUACUGUGAUGAUUCAGGUACAGAACAAACGCUCCGUUUUCUGCGAUUUGGAGGGCCAUUUGCCUCAUCUACGAAGGCAAGAGUGACAUGGUUCAAGUAGACACUCGUGCUCGUCUGCAAAGUAUGAAGUGCAACGAGAAUGAUGAUGUCAAAGUGCACCUUACUUCGAUGAUGGUACUACGUGAAGAACUCGCGGGCAUGGGAGCACCUGUCGACGACCGAGACUUCACCGCAAUGAUCAUUAAUUCCCUUCCCGAAUCCUUCUGAAACAUUAUGUGAUCCACGACAGUUGCCAUUCGUGCUACUAGCCAGUUAGUCACCUCUGACAAGAUCAUUGCUGUUGCUUUCGAAGAAGCCGACCAUCGCAAUCUCGGAAAGUCGUCAGACAAAGAUGACUCGUCAGACAAAGAUGACUCGGCACUCAAUGUUUCAUCGAACAAGGGCCGUCGACGUGGGAAGAAGCCGAAUGGAAAGUCAGACAAGAAGUGCUAUAA